AUGGUUCAAUCUCAUUAUGAUUUCGUUAUAGUCGGUGGUGGUACCGCAGGUAACGUAGUUGCUGGUCGUCUUGCUGAGAAUCCAAACGUAACUGUUUUGGUUCUUGAAGCUGGUGUUGGUAACUCUGCUGAACUUCCAGAAAUUAUCACUCCUUCUAAUGCCAUGGAGCUUCGUGGAGGUAAACACGAUUGGGCAUACAAGACUACCUUAGUCAAGCGUGACGACUAUGAAAGAAUUGAAAAGCCCAACACACGUGGAAAGGCUCUUGGUGGUAGUUCUUCACUUAAUUAUUUCACUUGGGUUCCUGGUUGUAAGCCAACUUUUGACAAUUGGGAAGAAUAUGGUGGUAAAGAAUGGACAUGGGAUCCUCUUGUACAAUACCUCAGAAAGAGUGUUACAUAUCAUGAUGAUCUUGGUCUUUACGAUCCAUCUUUGAAGAAAAUUGGUGGCGGAGGUCCAAUUAAUAUCUCUCAUGCUGAACUUGUUGAUGAAUUAGAACCUUUCCGUGAAAACCUUAUCAAAGCAUGGAAGUCUACUGGUAAGCCAUUCACUGAAAACAUUUAUGAUGGUGAAAUGAUUGGACUUACCCAUUGUACUGCUUCCAUUUACCAUGGUAAACGUAAUGGGUCCUUCCUCUUUUUGCAAAAUAAACCCAAUAUCACUGUUGUUCCUGAAGUUCAUUCCAAAAAAUUGAUUCUUGAUGCUUCUAAUACUGCCAAAGGAGUUGUUGUGAUUGAUAAAACAGGCAACGAACAUAGUUUCUACGCAACUCGUGAGGUUAUCGUUUCACAAGGUGUGUUUGAAAGUCCAAAAUUAUUGAUGCUUUCCGGUAUUGGCCCUAGAAAGGAAUUGGAAAGUAAUAAUAUUGAAGUUAGAGUUGAGUCUAGACAUGUUGGACAAAACUUAUUAGAUCAUCCUGGAGUACCAUUUGUUUUACGUGUUAAAGACGGUAUUUGUGUUGAUGAUAUUCUUAUGAGACAGGGCCCUAAGAACCAAGCCGCACAUACUCAGUAUGCAAAGGAUGGAUCUGGACCAGUUGGAUCAGGACUCUUAGAAUUAGUUGGAUUCCCUCGUAUUGAUGAGUACUUUGAGCAAGAUGAGCUUUAUAGAUCACGCAAAGCUGCCAAUGGUGGUAAAGAUCCAUUUUGCCCGGAGGGUCAACCUCAUUUCGAACUUGACUUUGUCGGUAUGUUUGGUACUGCUUUCCAAUGGCAUUUCCCAACUCCAAAGGAGGGUUCUUAUAUUACAAUUGUGGUUGAUUUAGUUCGUCCUGUUUCUGAUCCUGGUGAAGUUACUCUUAACAGCAGUGAUCCUUUUGAUCAGCCAAAGAUUAAUUUGAAUUUCUUUGCAGAUGAACUUGAUAUCAUUGGUAUGCGUGAAGGUAUUAGAUUUACCUACGAUCUUCUUACCAAAGGUGAUGGAUUUAAGGAUCUAGUUGUCAGUGAAUUUCCUUGGGAAAUGCGUCUUGAUGAUGAAAAGGAAAUGAGAAGAGCUGUUUUAGAUAGAUGUCAAACAGCCUUCCACCCUUGUGGUACUAAUCGUUUAUCCAAGGAUAUUACUCAGGGUGUGGUUGAUCCAGAACUUAAAGUUCAUGGAGUUAAAAACCUUCGUGUUAUUGAUGCUUCUGUCAUUCCGGUUAUUCCAGACUGUCGUAUUCAGAACUCAGUUUAUAUGGUUGGUGAAAAGGGUGCAGACUUAAUCAAGGCAGCCCAUAAAGAUUUAUAUAAUUAA